ACCAUCGACCAUCCGCUGAAUCCUGGUCCCCCGAGACCACCAAAUCUCUUACGAAAAGCUUGGAAAUUCGAGUAGAAAGCCCAACCCUCUCUCUCUCCUCGUCGGAAGCCUAGCCCUAACCCUAGCUCCGGAGAUCGCCGGAAGAGGAGAUAGAUGGCGACGAUCAGCCUGCGGAAGGGGAACACGCGGCUGCCGCCGGAGGUGAACCGGGUGCUGUACGUGCGAAACCUGCCGUUCAACAUCUCUAGCGAGGAGAUGUACGACAUCUUCGGUAAGUACGGCGCCAUCCGCCAGAUCCGGAUCGGGACGAACAAGGACACCCGGGGCACCGCCUUUGUCGUCUACGAGGACAUCUACGACGCCAAGACCGCCGUCGACCACCUCUCCGGUUUCAACGUCGCCAACCGCUACCUCAUCGUCCUCUACUACCAGCAGGCCAAGAUGUCCAAGAAGGUCGACCAGAAGAAGAAGGAGGACGAGCUCGCCCGCAUGCAGGAGAAAUACGGCUUGUCUUCCAAAGAUAAGUAAACAUCACACUCGAACCCAGAACAGGUUGCAUAUCGGGGUUUCUUGAGAUGUGUCUUGCUCUAAAGAGGAGACUUUUAUAUCACUAGAACGAACUUGUAUGAUUGGAAUGCUUUUAUUAAAAAAAAAAUCGAAUCGUUAGUGGAUUUGACGACUUUUCUGUUGGUAUUUGUUUCAUCCUAUGCCAUGGACCGACUUUUGGAUGGUUUGUAUGUAUGAAUUUAUAUUCAGAUAUGUUUUUCUUCAUGUAGGUUUUUUAAAAUUA